AUGAUGGCGGAACUUACCUGCGAGCAAGCUCGGCAAAUCGUGGACGAGAUCAGCCAAAGGAAUGGUAUCAUCACUGACGAAGAUCGAGCCGCAACGCCGCCUGCUGUUCUAAAAGCGCUGCAGAGUGUUCGCAAUCGGCUUGGAAGCCAUCUGGACCUAUGGACGCUAUGCGACACACCAGAAGUUAGAAGGGAUGUGGUGUUCCAGUUGAUCUCCAGCGCCCGCUUGUUGCAAUACAAUUGGGCAAAGAAGCAAGGAAAAGAACCCUAUUUUUCCUUAGAUGUAUCUCCGGACCGUAUGAUUAUCGACACCAAUGACGAUGGGUGCCUGGAAAGAGACAUCGUGCAGCUUUCUGAGGGCUGUUCUCAUUUCGUCCCCAGUUACCGAACCAAUAAACUGUAUGACGAAGUUCUUCUAUAUACAUCUAGAAUUGCCAGGGAAGCCCAUGUACAGUCAGGUCCGUUUUCCUUCGCCCUUGGGACUCGAAGUCCCGGUGACAGGCUUGGAUUUGCAACCCCGGUAAACAAGGACCCGGAACCCUUGCCCGAAGGAGUGCGCACCAGGAUAAUUUUGUACCCUGCUCUGCCGAAGGGAUUUGAUAAAUUUGUGCGUGAGUUUACGGAUAUUGCAAACAACGGUUUCGUGCUGCUCGAUCCUGAUGACGCUCGCCGACCUAUGUGCAAGAAAUUUGUUUUCAUUACCCGUCUAGGAAACUUCCAAUUAACACGCCUAACAUACGAGUUUCAAGUACGAAACGGUAUCCUGGAGGUCACCAAAAUAAAUACGGAUCUUUUUAAAUCCUCUUUACAAUUAACGGAGUGCUUCCUCCUAUACAAGCCAACCAUUCCGCCGUUUUCGUCCGAUAAGAUGGCGCUCUUGUUUCCUAUCGAUGAAGACUCAAGGCCCGUCAUACGAUCUCGAAAGGCGUACCAUAUUGUCGGUUCAUUCGCUUUUCCUAUUAGUGGGGAGGAAUUCAGUUUCAUUGUUUGUGCGACUGUGACGAAGUACGACCCGGUCCGAGAUGUCGACCUCGACACUUCUACAUUAUUACAAAAUUGUGUUGUCGAUUCCUUCUGUGGUGCCGUUACCUUCUGCCAAAAUCACUCCAUGCCUUACGAAUGGGUCCGGUACAUUCCCAAACAAAGCAGCGUCUCACCAGCUUGGCAUAAAACAGUUCAAGGGUUAAUUGAAAACCUCCGAGAGGCCCCCGUUUUUCAGAGUCAGAACGGCGUUCUAAAAAGCCUGUCUUCACUUCGGUACUUGUCCCCAGAGCAUUAUGGCGCAGAUAAUCAGCCCUUGUUCGGAGCUUCGGACGAUGAACAUUACCUUUCUACAAAGUACAGUGCCUACCUCGAUUUUUUGAAGCCUCUAGGCCUCCAAGAGGUCUCGGAUCAUGAAGUCCUGGAAAAACUCAAACCGAUACUGACAAAACCUUUGCGCGUGCUGCCGAGUUCCAAUUUACAAAAGGAACGGAUGUCGCUUAUCCUACGACUGCUAAUAGUCUGGCUAAAGAGGGAUCCCAAUAGCACUUUGGCGACUGAGAUAAGGAACAUUCCAGUUAUUGAAUUGAGCAAUGGCUCUUUCGUUCGAGGGAACGACCUAAAUUUGACAAGAUCUGAAGCCGAUUUGGCUUUUGCAAAUGAUGCUGUCUACUUUCCAACAGACACCAACGGCAAUGGCCUUCCGAAAUGUCUUGGUAUUUUGACCGUUUCAGAGGAAGCAGUCAGUGACAGCGACCAAAAAGAACUAUUUCGUCUCCUUGGGGUUCGACGCGCAAGUCCUGAACUGGUCAUGGGGCUAAUCACCCGCCACAGCCAUGCCACCUCCUUUGUGCCGACCGCUAGGAGUCUUAUAGCUGACUUUAUGCGCAUUCUAUGCUACGUCUAUGACAGCUGUGCCAAAGACGAUCGCCUGAAGACGCCUUGCCUUAUAGUUUUUGAUGAGCACUGUCUGAGGAGACCGCUCUCUGAGCUAUUCAACAUAAUAAUAUCCCACCAUCCAGACAUUCUUCUCGGUAUCUUGGGGAGGUAUUGGGACACAUACGAAACAGAGAUAAAAGAAGAACCACUCAUUGCAUCCGCUAUCAAGGGAGCGAAAGUCCCGACGUCAAAUGGACUGGCGCGGCUUGAUGAGUGCUACUUUCCCAUCCCAGAGAUUUGUAGUAUGGUUGAGGCCUUGUCCACCGCAUUGAACAUUAAAUUUCUCAAACUACCGGGGAUCUGGGACCUAGACAGUGAGCAGGAAUGGAGAUUUCUUCGAGAGCUUGGUGUGUCCGGUGGUGGAGCGGCGACAUUUAUAAUGGUGAUUAAAGAUCGCUUGUUAUCCACCAUGACAUUGGAGGACGCCAAGCCGCAUUUUUUCGAAUUAUACAGAUGGAUAUCUGAGAGAUUAUCUGACGACUUAUGGGAAUUUUUCGACAAUAAGAAGAUCGUCUAUAUUCCGAAUAGGGGCGAUGGUGCGAAAUUAGUGUGUCUCGAUCAAUGCGUUUGGUAUGGCUCCUCGUGGUUGCGGACUGUGUACGCUCUUGCGUUCCAUGAGGAAUAUGCGAGCGACUCGAAAAUACAAGGCCUAUUCCUACACACACUUGAUGUACAGGAUGCCGACUGGGGAACCUACAUGACAGAAAUAAUGCACUUACAGGAUGUUGGAGUUGGCUUGAUAGAAGAGACGCGAAGGAUAUACCAGGCUAUCAUGGAGGAUAUAGAAGAUGAGGAGGAUUGGAACAGUCUACGGACUCAAUUUCAACAUUACAAGAUGAUAUAUGUACCAGGCUCAAAGCAGUGGUAUUCACCUCAACAAUGCAUCUGGGCAUCAUUUUCAACCGGGGACAAAAUGGGGAUAAGUAAUGUCUAUCCAGAUAUGAAGAGCUUCUUUGUUGAGAAACUCCAGGUCCAGCCACCUUCCAUAUCGUGUUAUAUCAGCCGUAUUCAGAAUCUUUGCAAAGACAAAGGAAGUGUCACUGAGGUUAUUGAGGCUCUGUGCGAUAUCAACGACCUCGAACCGACGAUGCCUGACUUGAAUCGCCUCAGGCUUAUCGAUUUCCUGCCAAUCGAGGGCACUGAUGAAGAAUUCUACUGGGGAUCCGUAGCAUCCGAUUUCUUUAUCAUUGAUAGGGACGGCUGGCCUAUGCUAUUCUAUGGAAAGGUGCCAACGGUUCAGUUUCGCCUGGCAGAAGUCCGUAAAUUAGCUCCGCUCUUGAAAUCCCUGGGGCUAGAAAACCGCUUCAUUUCCACUUGCGCAGCGAGGAAAACCAGCGUCUCGGAAAUGCCUGCGCAGACCUCACUGCAUCUUACGACUGACUUCCGUCAAAGAUCAUCAGGUUUGUCUAGAUGCAUCGCGCACUACAACGGCGGAAAUGUACGUGCUGCUCGCGAAUUAUACAACACAUUUCAGAAGGCAGUUGUAUACGAAACCGAGCAUAUCGUCGGAAAAUGUACCUUGAAUUCGUUGUCCGGUUCCAGCACAAGUUUGCAAACAUACAGCAGACUACAUAUGGAAUAUCUUAACGGCAAAUUGAGCAUCUUCGUCCCUCGUGAUGAAAAUGAAAGACUUAUAUGCUACGCGACUCAAUUACCGGAGGCACUGAUAACUUCCCUGGAAAUCAAGCAUCCCACUGCCCAUGGGAUAUUCGCUACAGUUCUUCAGGUACCAGUCGAGAUCGUGCACGGUAUAUUAGAGAUUCAUGGUAUUCCCGAAGUGACCGAUCUGGACCCUGUCAGCCCGGUAAUUAUCGACGACUCGGAAUCUGACUAUGAGGAUGCGCUAGAGGAGGUUUUCGUACCGAGGGCUUCGAUUGCUUGGGGUGGCAAGGAUCAAUUGCUGGCAUCUGGACAAUCAGAACUCCAGCUGGUUCUACGAUCAAAGGACAUGCACAUCACUCAGUAUCGCUCACACUCGGACAGACAUGAAAAGAUGGUCAAGGAACCUGCGGACCAAUGGACGAUGUAG